AUGGUUGGGCGGCGGCGUGUGCUGUUGGAGGAGGGAGGUGGGCACAGCGGCGCGUUCGCCGGGGUGGGAAGUAGGGACGGUGGCGCGGUCGCCGGGAUGGGAGGUGGGACGGCAGCGCGGUCGCUGGGGUGGGAGGUGGGGACGGCGGCGCGGUCAACGGGGUGGGAGGUGGGGACGACAGCACAUCUGCUGGGGAGGGAGGUCGGGGCCGACGCCGCUUGCUGCCAGGGGAGGAAGUUGGGGGCGGCGGAGCUUCUGCCUGGCAGGAAGGUGGGGGGCGAAGGAGGUUCCACCGGUGAAGAGAGAUUGACUCUCUGGGUGGAUGAACUUGUGUCUGUUUACAAGUUUAAUGCAAUCACUGGAUGUUCUAGAACCUCUAACAUGAUGGGAAUUUGGUGUAGGCUCCGAGGAGUGAGAUAUUACAAACAUGGGUCUCAUGACCCAACAUUCAGAGCAUACAAGUCAAAGCACAUGCGGAAGCUUAACAUGUCUGAGUACAGACAUCUACAAAUGAAAAAGGCUGAUUAG